CACUGAUCAAUGUGGCAGUAGAACGACUGACAAAAGCAGACUGGAAUUUAUGAAGUGCUGAUAAACGCCAUUAGUUAACACACCACAUACCGUUAAUUUUGCAACCUUAACACUUUCUUCAUGUUAAUAUUAUGUUUAUUCACAAAUAAUUUAUGCUUACAUGAGAGUUUUGAUUAAACCAUUCCGAGUUUCAUCACAAAUGCAAAUAAUCACAAUGUUCAACAACGUUUAGAUAAUAUUCACUAUAUUUAAACACGUUCUGUCGUGUUUAAAAAUAUACUACGAUGACAUUGAAAGAAGAUAAAAACAGAAACAGCGAAGGGUGUAUAUAUAAUUUGAUUAAGUGUUUGUGAUGAAGGAUAAUAUUAAACGGUGUUAUGUAUAUUACAUAUAUUGGAUUUAAAAUGUUAUUGUUGUGGUAAGAUUUAUUGGUAGAAUAAGAAAUUAGGCAGUAGGGAUUCAGGAAUGUGCGAUGAGAGUUUAAAUCAAGAGCUAAGAAAGAUCGUCAAAUAUCAGUUUGUGUGCGUUUCAUAUAAGUGCUGGGAAUAAAGUUAUAAACAAACCGGCUUACUUUGUGGUUUCAUUUCAGAAUGCACCGGAUCUGGCACGGAAAUUUCGGAUCUGCGACUCUUUGAUUCAGUGACAUUUGUAUCAUGUCGUUCAGGAAAAUCAAUUGUAUUUCGCAAGAAGUGUUGUCACACAACGAGCUUUGUUUUUUCCUGUGCUGUUAAUUGGAUUUGUUUGGCUCUCAACCAAUUAGAAGUCAUCUGUGUAGGGUUUCUAUGACCUUGUUAAAGCAACACUGCCUACAGGAUUGAAAAUAUAUCAAGCUAUCAGCUAUCUUGAUACAUUUAAUGCCAUAUGUAUUAUUAAAAUUGUUUAAAAACCAGCGUUUUCUGCCAUUUUUGUUUUGUUUUCGCUUUCUUAAUUAUUCAAUUUACAUAAGCUAUUAGCUUAUCAGCAUGCAAUAAGCGACCUACACUUGGCCAUAUCUUUAGGGUCAAAUACACUAGACACUAUGUCAGUCAAUCGAGAUUUAACAAACGCUGCUUUGGAGUCACCAUCCAUCAUGUCUGUAAGUUUGGAUCGUAUAGAAUAUGAAAAUGCUUUAUUGAUGACUGGUCAGCUUCACAUAGUUCAUGGAAAGGAUUUAAAAGAUGAAGGAAAAUUGGAAGAAGCCCUGAAACAAUAUGAGUUAGGCAGAAGCUUCAUUGAUCAAUAUGCUCAGAUGAAAGAUUUAAUUACUAACUCAUCUAUCACACCAGGAACAUUGGUAACAUUGAUGGGUGCUUUACAAGUUUAUGAAUCAAUGAAACGUAAUGAUGACUAUGUGGAUUUGAUAACAAGAUGUAUAAAUAAUUUGGAAAGUGAAAAUAUGGAAAUUCCAGAGGAAAUACUAAUGGGAGAUCCUAUCUUGACCUCGAAAUUAUAUUUACCUCGUAGUGACUGGGCAUUGUGUCAAAGAACAAACGGUAAAUGGUCUAUAUAUCCAAUGUGGUAUCAAACUAUUGUACAUAAUCGAUUCCUCAGUCAAGUUAAUGAACAAAUCGGUCCAUUAAUUCAUCGUCUCACACCAAAAUAUAUUGAUUUGGUAAAAGUUGCGAAUUCUAAAGAAUGUGAACUGUCUUUACUAAAGAACUUACGAAGAAUAAUUAAUGAAAACAAAUGUGCUGCAUGUCAGAGAGCCCGUAAUGCUUCAACUACUAAAAUUACCUUUCCUACUAAUGGUAAUCAACAGACGUUAGAAAAUCCGAUUGAUUGGUUAAAUAAUCAUGUGUGGUUUAAUUUAUUUUCAGAGCCUAGGGAUAACAAUGUUAUUAAAAUGCAUUUCGUAAAUUCAGAUGAUAUUACUCAGAAAACAUUCACUGAUGUACGUGAAGAUGACUACAAACAAAUCAAUGCCAAAAUUAAGGAAAUUCGUCAAAAGAAUUUCGCCAGACAAUACAUGUACACAAAAUGAACUCCAUUAUUUUAAAUGUAACAGAAUACUGUAAUGACCAACUUGGUUGUCAUUAAUUUAUUAUUCUUUUUGUAAGACUAUCACUUUGAUGUUUCUAGAUUUUUGUUUAUUUGUAUGUCCCUUUUUAGUCUUCGUCUUAUUCACAGCAAAACUAGUGGUUUAUUUCUCAAUUUUUAACAGUAAACUUAUUUCUUAAACAAUCAAACGACAUCGAAGUUUUUUUGAUGAGAUAACUGUUGCUAAAUUACAAGGUUUUACGAAUUAUCAAUAGUGAAAAAUUAUUAAAUACUUUAAAUCCUGGUUUAAAUAGCUGAUAUUUGUAUGCGAGAUGUACUCACAAUUAACGCGCAGCCUGGGUUCCCUUCCCAUGCCUUCAACCACCUAGCAUCAAAUAAAAAAUACUCCAACGUGGUGUAAUUUGGAUUAAUUCAAAUACAAUUUGAUCGAUUGGAUUUCAACAUCGGAUACAUUGCUUGGCUGUACUUGAACAUGUUAUUUAAGUUUAAUUGGUUUCGAUUAGAAUAAUAAAUAGACAAAUAUUUUGAAUGAUACGUAAUGAUAUUGAACUCCUUCCUGGACGUCACGUUUAACAAAUCGUUCAUUAAGUGAACCCUUUAAACUGAAUAAAUGGAGUGUUCUGGCCGUCUGAAAGUGAACAGUACUUCAACAGUUAUAAAAAUGUCUAACUCGACAUUUUUACAGCAUGCCGCUGUUCGAGUGAACACUACAAACUUGAAAAAGGUCAUUUUUAAAAUCCACCUAUUGUAUUAAUGUGAUUUUUGUUUGUUGAUUUUCAGUAUUGAGUUUUUUUACAUUUUAUACUUACUAAUUCACUCAGUUUAUUUGAUCUUCAGUGUAACUAUCGUCUUUUGAAGUAGUCGGGUUUAACAGAGUAAAAAGC